CUCCGCUGCGGAUCCACGUACGCGGCGCCAAGACCCUGCUCUUGGCCGGCCAGCAUUCGACGGGUUCUGUUAGGGCUUUGGAUUGCUACCAACUUCCGCCAGAGUCCGCGAUGACGAGUCCCUGGCUAGCCGAUACACCACACUUCGUUGACUGGAACGAGUCCGGCUGAGAUGGUAGACGGCAGCCAGGCGAGAUGGGACUGGAUGACGCGGCUAUAGAGGAUGCCUCAACAUCUCGAGGAUAUAAACCAGCAGCACGCCGCGGUUGAGAGGCAUCAACUCACAGAUCUAUCGGUUUAAUCAUCUCACCAUGCAUUUCUCCAAGCUUCUCACCCUUACCGCGGCCACUCUGGCUUUCGCCCACCCUGGCGAGAAGCACGAUCACGAUGCCGUGAAGCGGGAGAUUCACCUUCGCGAUGCCCUGGCUGCCCGGGCCAAGCAAGGUGUUGAUGCUUGCUCCAAUACCCAGCAGGCCAAGCAGGUUCAGCAGCGCACCAUCUCCCGUCGGGCCAACACUGCUCGCGAGCUGCGCUCCAAGAGGGGCAUCACUGCUGCUUCCCACAAGUGGCGCCGUAAUCUUGCUGCUCUGGAGAAAUGGGAAGCCAUCAACCACAACAAGACUGGCCUGGUUGACUUCUCUCCCGCAACCUCCGAGGCAGACAUCUUCGGUGCCAACACGAGCUCCAUUUUGACACCCACUAUUACCGACGGCCCUUACUAUGUCUGGGGUGAAGUGAUCCGCCAGAACGUUGUCGAAGAGGAGUACUGUGAUGGUGUCAAUGUCUUCCUCGAGGUGCAGUACAUUGACGUCAACACCUGUCUCCCUGUCCAGGGUGCCUUGGUUGACAUCUGGAACGCCAACGCCACCGGUGUCUACAGUGGUAUCUCUACCAGCGGCAACUACGCCGCCGAUGGCUGGGACUCGACCUACCUCCGUGGUAUCCAGGAAACCGACGAGGACGGAGUUGUCACUUUCUCGACCAUCUUCCCCGGUCACUAUGACGGUCGUGCCACCCACACCCAUCUCCUGACUCACCUCAACUCGACCAUCAACCGCAACAACGGCACUCUCGAAGUGGGCACCGGCAGCGUCGCCCACAUCGGCCAGCUGUUCUGGAACGAAGUCCUUCGGACUGCCGUGGAGAACACCUACCCCUACACCACCAACACCCAGGAUGUGACCAGCAACGCCGAUGAUAUGUGGAGUGUCCUGCAGGCCUCCAGCAACUAUGAUCCUUUCCCGGAGUUCCUGUACCUCGGCGACCGUAUCGAGGACGGCUUGUUCGCCUGGAUCCAGAUCGGCAUCAACACUACUGCUGACUACACCGACAACUCCUACUACAGCAUUGCUGCUUACUACGAUGAGAACGGUGGCCACGAGAACUCCGACAGUGCGGCCAUGGGUGGUGGCGGUGGCUCUGGCGGUGCGCCUUCGGGUGCCAUGUCCUCUGGCGCUGCUCCCACUGGUGCUAUGCCCUCUGCCAGUGCUAGUGCCUAGUUUGAUUCAUUGCGGUGAGAGUGGGU